UUCCUUGCCUAUUUUGGAUUAUCUUGUCAUGUGUCGGAGUUUUGUUGGACUACAUUCUCGGCCUAACCAUGGAUCGUUUACGUCUGCCAUCCGUGGUCUAUUAUCCCAAACCGGCCGACACGAUGCCCGGUUUGAAUCGCUUCCGUCAUUCUGUGCACACUAUGCUCAAUGUGAUAAGGGUGUCGGACGAGUUUGGUGGGAGUACGGGCAAAAUGCAAGGGGUGGACCUGAGCCCUCUGACGAGGAGGGCUGGAUCAUGCAGCAGCAUUCGCCUGUCGAUCUGCCCAUCGUUGUUAUCUCAGUCGCAGAGUCAGAGGUCCUGGAUCGAGAGAAGCUUCUACAAGCGAGAAUGUAUGAAAUUCAUUCCAAGUGCAAAGGAUCCGCGCAAGUGUGGAUGUGGUCGUAGUCGUGAUAAACAUUUUUUCCACCGGCCCCAGAGCCCUGCGGAGGUGACUAAUGAAUUCUGGCAUGUUGGCAAACACUCCGAAGCCACGGCAACCGACGCUUAUGGUACCAUCGAAUUCCAAGGAGGUCCACAUCCUACGAAGGCGCAGUAUGUCCGCUUAUCCCAUGAUACAAGACCCGAGCUUGUUCUUCAACUUCUUCUUAAAACGUGGCAACUGGAUCUUCCCAAGUUGCUCAUCUCUGUCCAUGGAGGCAUUGCCAACUUUGACCUACAACCCAAGCUAAAACGUGUGUUCAGGAAAGGCUUACUCAAGGCUGCUAAGACUACUGGAGCAUGGAUUAUCACUGGGGGAACCAACACUGGUGUGAUGCGCCAUGUUGGUGAGUCUCUUGUCGACAGAUCUGUCAAGUCCUCGAACAAGGUGGUGACGAUUGGUAUCGCCCCCUGGGGGGUCGUUGAUAACAGGGAUGAUCUUAUUGGCAGGGAUGUUGUUCGUCCAUAUCACGCUAUUGCUAAACCGAAAACCAACAAUGCAGUCCUCAACAGUAAUCAUUCCUACUUCCUGCUGGUCGACAAUGGAACUGUGGGUAAAUACGGCAGCGAGAUUCUUCUUCGGCGGCGGUUGGAAAAAUACAUAUCACAACAGCGCAUAUCAACAAGUGGUGCAGACGAUAUCUAUCGCCCCUAUUUGUUGAGACGCACAACAGACGGACAAAAUGACCAGGGCCAGGCUGUCCCUGUGGUGUGUGUGAUCCUUGAAGGCGGGACGAAUACCAUUCGGACAGUGUUGGAACAUGUGACUGAUUCGCCCCCUGUACCUGUUGUUGUCUGUGAUGGAAGUGGUCGUGCUGCUGAUCUUCUGGCGUUUACGCAUCAAUACACACAGGAAGAUGGGACUAUGCCGGAGACUCUGCGUGAUCAGCUGAUCUUGACAAUCGAGAAGACAUUCCAGUAUACUAGGGAGCAAGCGGAGAAACUCUUCAUAGAACUCAUGAUGUGCUGCAAGAAGAAGGAAUUGAUCACGGUGUUCCGAAUGGGCGAAGGUCCGUGUCAGGAUAUUGACCUGGCCAUUUUGACGGCUCUCCUAAAAGGUCAGAAUGCCAGUGCCCCCGACCAGCUGAGUCUGGCAUUAACAUGGAACCGAGUGGACAUAGCACGCAGCCACAUUUUUGUUUAUGGACAGGAGUGGGCCGAAGGUUCCUUGGAGCAAGCGAUGAUGGAUGCCCUCAUCCAUGAUAGAGUCGACUUUGUGAAACUUCUGCUCGAGAAUGGCGUGAGCAUGCAGGACUUCCUGACCAUACCGAGGCUGGAGGAACUCUAUAAUACGAAAUGUGGCCCAUCUAAUACACUCCGGUACCUGGUGAGGGAUGUCAAAAAGAAUAUGCCCCAAGACUACCGUUACACCCUGACUGAUAUCGGCCUGGUGGUUGAGCAUCUGAUGGGCGGGGCGUACCGGGCGUCUUACUGCCGCAGGAAGUUCAAGACGCUGUAUAAUGCUGUUAUGAAGAGAUCUGCAAGUCAAGUACAGACGUCGGGAUUUUUCAAUGGUCACCAUAUAGCCAAUAUUGUACCAGACGUUCCCUUGCCGGUCGACCGCGUCAACUACCAUGACAUAUUCUAUUACCCGUUCCAUGACCUGAUGGUUUGGUCUGUUUUGAUGAAACGCCAGGGUAUGGCGCUGUUUAUGUGGCAGCACGGCGAGGAGGCGCUGUCCAAGGCGUUGAUCGCUUGCAAGUUGUACAAGGCGAUGGCGCGGGAGGCUUCGGAGGACGACCUGGAGAUUGAACUUUAUGACGAACUCAAGGGAUAUGCAAAAGAUUUCCAGUCCCUCGCCAUGGACCUGUUGGAGCACUGCUACAAGCAGGACGACGACGUCACCCAACAGCUUCUCACCUACGAGCUGAAAUACUGGAGUGAUCAGACGUGUCUUAGCCUUGCUGUGUCGGCCGUCUGCCGCGAGUUCAUCGCGCAUCCGUGCUGCCAGAUUCUGCUGACUGACAUGUGGAUGGGAGGGCUCAGAAUGAGGAAGAGUACAAGCAUGAAGGUGAUACUCGGUAUUCUCUUCCCGCCGACCAUCCUGACCCUGGAGUUCAAGACCAAGGAGGAACUGCAACUCAUGCCUCAAACAGUCGAAGAGCACAUCUGGGAACUGGAGGAUUCCGACAGCAGCGACUCUGAGGACAGUGUCUCGCUCAGGUCGGCGAGGUCAAGUCUUCCCCAGGAGGUUGGGCAACAGAAGAGGGAAAACCACUCAAACACUGGCAGCAUGUUAGAUGUCAAGACCCCACUGCGGAUCGAUGAUCACCUCAACAUGAAGUUUUCUGAUUCGGGGUACUUUGGCGGUCUUGGCGGUCUUGUCGUCACUCAGAAAAAGAGUCCGUUGCGUUUGGGGAAAAAGAUCUAUGAAUUCUAUGCGGCACCGAUCACGAAAUUCUGGCUUCACACUCUUGCGUAUGUUGUAUUCAUGGUGCUGUUUAACUACGUGGUCCUGGUCAAGAUGCAGCAGUCGCCGUCAUGGCAGGAGAUUUCCGUCAUGGCCUACAUCUUCACCAUGGCGCUUGAGAAAUUCAGAGAGAUUAUAUCAUCCGAACCUACCAAGCCCGCUCAGAAGUUGCAUGUGUAUUUUGAAGAUAUCUGGAACAUUUUAGAUACCAUCGCCAUAAUAGCUUUUGGAAUCGGUGUUGGAGUGCGCCUGAAUCCGGACACAAUGAUUCAUGGUCGCGUAAUCUACUGCGUAGACAUUAUAUUCUGGUACAUAAGAAUACUCGACAUCUUUAGCGUGAACAAAUAUCUCGGCCCGUAUGUGAUGAUGGUUGGCAAAAUGAUAGUGGACAUGGUGACCUUCAUUAUCAUAUUACUUGUUGUCUUGAUGAGUUUUGGCGUAGCGCGCCAGGCACUCCUGAAUCCGUUCGAGGAGCCCUCGUGGAUGCUCGUUCGUGACAUAUUCCUCAUGCCGUACUUUAUGUUGUAUGGUGAAGUGUACGCCCCAGAGAUCGAUCCUCCCUGUGGUGGUCUCAAUGAAGUUCCCUGUCACCCUGGUCGAUGGAUAACACCUGCUAUCAUGGCUAUAUACCUGCUGGUUGCAAACAUCUUGCUCAUUAAUCUACUAAUUGCAGUAUUCAACAAUACCUUUCACAGCGUGAAUAGUAUAUCCCGUCAGGUGUGGAAGUUCCAGCGGUACCAUUUGGUGCUUGAAUUCGAGCAGAAGCCGCUCCUUCCUCCGCCCUUGAUCGUAAUCAGUCAUAUCGUACUUAUCAUACGCUACAUCAGGAGAAAGUGUAAAGGCAAACGAGAGUUCUUUGACAAUGGCCUCAAACUGUUCCUUUGCGAUGAAGAUGUCGAAAAACUCCACGACUUUGAAGAGGAAAAUGUGGAGGAUCUUUUCAGAGAGAAAGAGAACGUCCAUCAGGCUUCAAACAAUGAACGUAUCAGGCGUACAGCUGAAAGAGUCGAGAGCAUGUCCAUGAGAAUAGAUGAUAUGAACUCACGAGGAAACACGUUGAAACUAUCCCUCCAGACGGUUGACUAUCGGCUCGCCAAGCUGGAGGAUAUACUUCUCCAGACGGCCGAGUCCCUACAGAACAUUCAUCAGUUCAUGGCUGACCAAUUGGCACCGGAGGGCUCCUCGACAGGAUUCUCCCGUGCGAGUAGCGAGGAGGCUGGCGACCCAUGUGCUAAUACUGGUAGUCCAAUGUCAGAUAUCGAGGAUCUGUCUCCUCAUGCGGGAGAGCUGAGGUCACAAGCUUCACCCAGUAUCAUACAUUCCAAAAAACCACUGCGGGAGAGCCGCUUGAGGCCGUUCACAGAUUAUCGAAAAAUUCCCUAUCUGCGGCCACCGUUCAACCGCAGUAUGACUGUUCCUACUGUCCCGGAGGAUUUCACUGCGAAAUAUAUGCUCAAUGAUCGAGUUACGAGUUACGUCGGUUAUCCGCUCGGCCCCCGACGUCAGCCACAGAAUACUAAGGCUUCGUUGUUCUUCAGGCGGAAGGCUAAAGCAAUCGGAAAGCUGAAGGACCAGGUCACUGACGAUCGGAAGGCCAUAGAUCAUCAAAAGGUACAGCACACGGUCAUGUCAGUUUCUCAGCCACAUCAUGAAGAUUUCGCGAUACAGACGCCGUCGAUAGAUCAGGGCGGCGCCGAGAUUUCAUUAGAUAAAGAGUCCGCCAGUGUGCAACCAGAUGACGAGGAAGAUGACGCCAAGAAAUCCGACAGCCACAUUCCAAAGACGCCACGAUCGAGGUCGUUCAAACCGCCGCUGGAGAGGGUCCCGUGUGAGGAGAAACGUACAUCCGUCGCCGCACCACCGCGUAUAUCGGAAGUCGAAGCCAUAGACAGCAUCGCGUCUCAUCUGUUUACCCCCAUUGCGCCUAUUCUCACCCUGCGCGGGACCGAGUACACGAGCAUUACGGAUGAGAUCGAGACGAAUUGUUUGGCAACGCAAGGGACGCCGCCAGGCAGUCCGACAACUCCACGGCCGCCCAGGUUCGUCACGGAGGACAUCGACAUGCUGGAUCAUGAGAUUAAUCGGCGGCUGAGUAUCGACGAAGAGCGCGACGUUGUGCGGAAUGAGCGCUUCCGGCUGCAACACGCGGAGGAGACGGAGCACCAACAGAUGGAGCACGUCAUCCGGAAUCGCAUGCGGCAGAUCUCGAUGACUGAGAGUGACAGCAUGAGCGAUCUCGCGAAAAUUGUCAUGAGUGAACUGGAGAGCGACGUCUCCCCGAAUGAGGUCUGUGAUAUUACCGCGGACAUUGAGAAUGGCGUCGAUGUCAACUCGCGGCCCUUGUUCUCAAUUGAAGACUCGACGUCGUGCUGAUGUUAAGGGCAUUAGGCAAUACUCUGUAUUUUCUGUGCAUAAUUCAAAAAUGUUGGAACCAUGGUAUGACAUGCUGGGGAACUAUUUUCAUUGCCAUUGUCUGAAACUGGUAAAUAUCCCUCUUGUUCAUUUUUUGGACUAAGCCGGUGCCUGGAGCUUGUGUCUUGGCAGAUGCACUUAUCACAUGAUUUAGACACUCAUAGGCCCUUUUCAGAGAGGGACAACGUCUGUGUUUAGACCUCCCUGGCCUGAUGACACCUAAGAUUAUCAUGAAAUGAUUUGUCAAGAAUUGAUAACGACCAUUCUUUAUUAUUUCUGGAUCUUAUGUUGAUUUCAAGACAGCUUGUGUCAGAGGUUAUCCCGGUGCUUGAUCAAAUCUUAUUUUCUGUGCCAUAAAAUAUCUUUAAAAGAAGGGAGUACAGCUAAUUAGCCCUGGUUGAUGAGCUUAUUAUGUCAUUACAAAAAUGCAUUACAAAAUUGCAUGUUCUCGUCCACACUCUAUUCCGCUCAAUAACUCAAUGACUGCUCUCGUCUGGCAGAUUUGCAAUUUUUGUUGCAUAAUCACAAUGACUUUCCUCCACUUUUCCCUAAAUAAAAAUGAGAAUUUGAAUUACUGAAUGCAAUAGUUAGGAGCAUUCAUUCACUUUGGUGUUUUGUUGCACCAUGUGAGCACAGUGUCCCUUGGACAUUUAAUUUUUUCAUCAGUGACAGUUAUGUUAAAGUACUUAGUAGGUAUAUUGAUUCUUAUAUCACGGGAGGGGUUUCUGUCUUGGUACAUUUUUAUGUAAGGGCACCCCAUAAUCAUCAUAUGAUUAAGAAAGGACUGCUAUUUUAGAGAUUCAUACUGGGACGUACUUGCUCUGAUGACCUGUACUGUUAUUUUGUUUGACCAUGUACAGUAAGGCCUCCCUAGCGGACACCGAAGGCAACCCUCUCUAUAGGGACACCGAUUUUUGUCCCAAAUUGGUUGUUCCUAAGUUUAUCUCUGUAAUCGGGACACUAUCUAUCUAGGAGAGCAUUUGUCAGUCCCAGGGGUGUCUUAAUAGAGAGGUACAUGUACUAUAUUACUCAAGGGAAUAUAGAUCAAUCUACUGGUAUUGAUGAAUAAUUUCUGGUGUGAUAUGAGUCUUCAGGUUAGUUCAGUUCAGUUAUACAGCAUAUUCAUUCCUAUUUGGAAUUUUGUCGAGAUGCGAGGCCACUUCUUGUUACACUUCUGCCCACUGUGUGGGAUCUUUUACUUGCCCUAUCAUAGACAGACACUCAGGUACAAGGGUCUUGCAAGCUGUACUUUUAGCUCACAAGCUAAUGGAAAAAAUCAAAAGGUCAUAAAGUAACACUUAAAAGGUAUAAUCCCGAGUGAUUGUGAUCUGGGCUUCAUGUCACCAUAGCGGAGACCAUGGCAACUCAAGCUCAACUUGUUACUCUGUAAAUUGUAAACCUUGUUAUUCUGUAAAUUGUAAAUUGUAAAUUGUAAGCAGUACAGUUUUUUUAAACUAUUUGCAUGACAGUUUUAUAAACUAAGUCUGCUUAAUUAACAAACUUUCAACAAAACUCAUGACGAAUACUAGUCAAGAAAUUCUUUACUCUCGACGCUUGGUUUUCCUAAGAUUUGAACGUUUUGAUAGGGAAUCUUGGAAAAACUAUGCCAUAAGCGUUGUCUGUUAUCCUUUAGCUUGCUGGCGGUAAUGUAAUCUUAAAGGGACAACAUAGGCAGUAGCUAGGUAGGCAAGAUAAAGUUACAUCAAGUCGCCAAUAGGGGUCUCUCAUAUCUCACAGUACGUCGAAAUGAUGCGCUCUUGUAUGAGGAAUAUAUUUAGUGCUGAAUCUUGACAUGACCCAGUACCAUUACUGUGUAUAUUAGUCACCUGAAGAUGGCCAAAUUAGCCCCCCUGCACCUGCCUAUAGUCCCCCUUUAAGUCAUGCAUUGGGUGACUAGACGAAUAUGUGAAUAUUGAUGAGUUCUCACACAUUCUAGAGGUGUAUUCCCGAUGAAAUGUACAUGUAUAUUUUCUUCAUAUUGUUUGUGUAAAUUAUAAAUACACUAUAAAUGUACAUGACUGUAUUUUAUUUUUAUUUUCUCAACUCUGUGUUAGUUUUGUAAAUAUUGUUGAUAUUCGAACAAUGUAUGAUGAAUUAUGAAUUUCUAAAAGGAUUGUAAACACCUUGACUACAGAUUUAGAUGUUGAUUUGAUUUUAACAGACAAUUGAAAAUAGUCGAAUACAGGGCUACCUACUUGUACACUUUGGGUGUGAACAAUCCAGUUGGUGAUGGUCAGUUGUAAAACCCUCUGCUCUGGUGACCAGUAUUCAAGAGAAAAGGUGACUUGAAGUGGACCAAGUUGCCCAAGUAAGGCCCAAGGACAGUAAGAAUCAUAACUGGCUUAGCUUUUAUGAUUUGUCUGAUAAAAUCAUCUCUCAUUUGUUUCUUGAGGCUCGUGUAAAUCGACCUUUUUAAUCCUUCAUACUGAUUGUGUGUGCAACGGACUUAAAAUGCUGCAUCAGAAAUUCUGAGUCAAACGUCAUACUUGUCCAAGUAUAUGGAACGAUUCUUUUUUUGGGUGGGAAAGAUAUCUUUUUGAAAAAAUAUCGAGUCCAUCCUGAUUAAAGGCCUACUCCGCUCAUCCAAAAUUGAAAAAUUGAAGUUGAAUUUGAAACUUUCCAGUUGUGUGAAUACGUUCUUGAUAUAAAUUUCAACAAUGCUGUUGUGUACGCUGAUGUGCAAAUAUGGUACAUGCCAAGUUUCAGCUAAUUUGCAUGCAUAGUUACUGCAAUAUGGCAAUGUUUAUUACGUGAGCCAAAAAAUAUGCAAUGAACAUGAACGGUGUACAUUGUAGGCCAGGCCUUUAAUGUACAAGAAAAGAAAUUGCAGAGUUUAUUCUGUUAAUUACGCUGCGACUAUUUUUGAAAUUAUUGCAUCCAAACAGCUCUUCUUAGUUUUCUCGCAUUUAUAUUUUUUACAAAUGCAUUUAAUAUCUUUUGACUGUAUUUUCCUGUGCUGGGCUACAUUACAAAUAUGCAUUUCCAAUUGUUUUUUAUGAUGACAAAUAUUAGUAGACAACAAUUCUAUUCUAAAACACCUUGGUUACAAUGUUACAUUUUUAUGAUGGAUUUUACAUUAGCCUCGUUUUGACCACAGAGUUUUCGGUGACACUAGAUAACCUCUUUGGUUGGUAUAUAAAGUUUUGAAAGCAGAUUCUCAAUGGAUUAUGCCUGAAAUUUAUCACAUUUGAGGUGUUGUAGAAAAGAAAUUUUGAUACCUCACUGUUGGUUUUGGUGGUCCAACCAAACACGACUCAGGUGGAUCUGUCAUUUUGUCCGAAACCUUGGCUAUCGCUCUGGUAUUGGCCUACAUCUCAGUGCCAACACUGUUGGGUUUUGUGACACAACCAACCAAUACCACCAGUUUGGUAUCCUUUGAUAAACAAAAAUCAAAAAUUGGUCCUGACAGAGUUGUUUCUAAACAUUAUCCAGGUUACUCUGAUUAAAAUGGACCACCUGUUAGGUAUCCUUUGAUAAACAAAAAUCAAAAAUUGGUCCCGACAGAGUUGUUUCUAAACAUUUUUCAGGUUACUCUGAUGAAAUGGACUUUACCAAGUUAAUUAUUUUCAAUUUUUUUAGUCAAAUGUAAAUAGUUAUUUAUGCACUAUGUUUUAUUGAAUGUAUUAAACCUUGGCAAAAUUAUAGAUUUCAAGUAUAAAACUGGCUGCUAGCUCAUAUGAUACAAUGUGGCUAUUUCUUGGUGACUGCAAAACAAACUUCGCAGGUUGUUUUUACACAAGUUUUGGUUGGACAAGAGCAGCUAUGCAAAAUGCGACUUCACUGUUUUCAUUUGAAGAAAGUAUGUGGAUCGAGUGGUGAUCAAAAUGAAAGCUGGUGGCGAUGCCUAGUUGGGGGAAGACAGCACUAAAAGCUUUGUCAUCCUAAGAACAUUUUUCAAGCAAAUUGUCCAGAAAUUAUUGACAACCAUGCACAGUUUUAUUUGACUUUGUGAUAGAAUCGCUCACCACCCAUGCCAACUUUAUCGAAUUUUUUCAUUUGAGGUAGUGAAAAUUAUUCACAAAUACUUCUGCGCACUUCAAGAUGUAUUAAUCAUGUGUUAUUAAUGAAUUAUUGAACCGUGCAUCGAAAGAUUUGAAAGAAAAAGAAUUUUACCAUUUAAGCCACAUGCAUUUUGGGUACAAGGUGUGCAUGAAGUUGUUUGUUGUAAUUUAGUUGCAAAAUGUCAAGUACGAAAUUUCCAAGAUACACAUGCGCUACCAAAAUUCACGGAAAAAUAGCUGAAGAGAAUCUCACUUCAGUCACGUUACUUCAGCCACGUCCUGACUCUCAUGUGUUUGCGUCACCACCAGCUUAGGUGAGUGAUGUAGCGAUCUCAAAACAUUGUGGGUCAAGAUGCUACAGCCACAGUGUAAAUGAUCUUCAGGUCAUAGAUAAUAUUUUUAGCUCAGCUGACUAAGUCAGCCGAGCUUGUCAAAUAAGUUGUUCAGUGGCGUCCGUCUGUCCAUCCAUCCAUCCAUCCAUCCGUCCGUUAAACCCAUGGUGCACAUUUUGUAACCGUAAGACCUAGAGACUUCAAUUUUGCAUUUCUGGAUACUUCUGGUCAAACUCUACUUUCAAAACAAAAUUUGUCGCCAUUCGACCUACUUCCUGCGAGCGAGAGUGCAUGAAGGAAACUGGCCUAUAUCGGCCUAGGAGCAGCAGAAUGAGUCGAAAUAUGCUCUAAUAUUAAGAUAAAAUUCUUUAAAAUCUAUUUUAUUGAGAAAAAGUUCAAAAUUUUAACAGGAGAGGGCGCUACCUGCCUUUUAAUUAUUUCUGCCGAUUCAAAUUCCCGCCCGAUGACGUCAGCCAUCAAUGAAGUCUCCUAUUUGCCAGUUCUCAAAACAUGGCAGCAACACAACAAAAGCAGUAACUCCAGGAAUAAAUUACUGUUCACUUCAGCUUCGUAAUCGAUUGUACCCCCACUUUAUUGUGUUUUGUGUGGUGUUCCUAUUCAAUCAACGAUGUAAGGCCUUAUUAUGUUGGUUUUAAUUGAGAAGGUGCAUUAUAAGCGGCGUACGAAAUACCGAAGCGGAGACAAAAUGGCGGCAUGUUGUUUACGUCAUGUGCAAUAAUCUUGGAGCUCAAUGACACUCAAGUACCCAAUUUUCUGCAUAAAAAGUAGUCUGGGAGGCGAUAUUAUCACCAGUUUGUUUCAGUGGUAGUCAUAAGGUCUUCAGGGACUACUUUCAGAAAUUAGUUCUUGAAAAUUUGGCCACAUUUCUGUGAAAACGAUAUCGGAAGUGCAUGCUCUGUUCGCGAUGACAUCGCCGAUGUAUUUUGAAGUGGAGAAUUCCCACAGUAGGCCUAUGUGCAGUGAAUCGGCAUGAUUCUGUUCGCCUAUUAAAUUUUAGUUCUAAGAUUCUUUCAUGAGUAAAAAGGAGACAUUCUCAGCAAUACAAUAAUGUCACUCCCAUAAAAAUUGAUUGGAAAUUGAGGGAACUACGGCAUUCUGUUCGGCAACUGGCAGCGCUGAAAAAAUACAUUGCAUACUGUACAAUACCAAAUGGCACAUUUUAAAAAGCGCUCAUUGGACAACGUAGGGAAUCACCAGAAAUGACGUCAUCGCUGGUCUAAAUAGAAAACUACGGUGGCGCAGUAGAGCACAAGAAAAGGUUUAGCAUUAACUUUGUCAUGCAAGCUUCAGCAACAAAACGAUUUCUCAUGAAUGAUUUAUUUGAUCAUCAUCAGCUUGUUUCCCCUGAUAGAUAAAAAAAUGAUUUACAAUUUCCAUCAAAGUUUUCUAUUUUGUGUAUAGUCACAUGUUAUUUAACUGGCAAGGAGCCAAGCAGUUUUUAAUAUUCGCGGGAAAAUACUUCGUACUUGUAAACGAGGCUAUGACAAUGAGUAUCCUCAUUAGCUCACCUCUUAGCAGAGGUGAGCUUAUCCCAUACCGUGGCGUCCGUCGUCCGUCGUCGUCGUCGUCGUCGUCGUCGUCGUCGUCCGUCGUCCGUUAGCAGGGCACGUUUCGUAACUGUUAGAGCUAUUGAGUUGAAACUUGGUACACAUGUACCCUUAUGUAAUGACACCUUGGAGACCAAGUUUCAGUCCGAUUCGUUUCAUGGUUUGGCCACCAGGGGGCCAAACG